AUUUUGAAUUUGAAUGAAAUUGUACGUUGUUGUUUGUGUUUCGUGAACUUGACGAAUAAUAACAGAAAUUGAAAAAUAACGAGAGAAAAUACUCUGAAAAUCUUGUUACAAUUACAGUAUUUAGUUAAAUAUUAUUGUUGGGAUAAAGAUAAAUCAAUCAAAUCACAAUGGAAAGAGAAAAGGUACAAGAAACAUUCGUAAACAACUGGAAUGUGCUUUUUGCGAAUACUUUCACCCUCACGGUAGAAGAUCUGAAGAGGCCUCAUAAGAUGAUGGAGGCUAUGUUUCAAGUGUUCGAUAGGCUCGGGAUUGACAGAAGUGCUGUACUUGCGCCACCGCCGGAAGAGGAACGUAACGAGAACACCAUUUACUACUGGGACCUUCUUCCCGUCAUCAACGUAACUAGAGUCUGCAACCACUUGCUGUACUUGAAGCCUCGGGACGGAGGCAUCGGUAUCAUGCACAUUCUGCAACCAACAGCAACUGCGUCACAUCCUAUAUUGCUCCUACUGUUUAACCUGGUGGUCUUCAAUAACGCACAACUGAGGAAUAUAUCGCCUUACGAAGAGGAACUUUUUGCUAAGACUGAUCAGGUAAAAGCUCUGGAAGAAAAGAAGAAUGCACUCCUGGAGAUGUUAAAUGAACAAGCUAAGGAAAAGGGCAAACGCGCUGGACGCUUGGAAAAGCUAGACCAUGACAUAAAGCAGUUCGACGAGGAACUGAAACAGGAGAAGGAGGUUCAUGAUGAAGAGAGGCAGGAGUUAGAGGCUAUACUGAAGGAGACGCGACAGACUGAAAUGUUGUUGGAACAGAAAAAGACUCAUAGAGAUGCUCUCGUUGCUGAGGUGGCGAGGAGGAAGGCUUUGAGGGUGUACGACGCAGAUGACAUAAAAGCCCAAGCAGAACAAGCGACACAGAAUCUUCAGGAGUUAGAAGAGAAGUUAGACUCUUUGCAGACCAUACUGAUGCAGAAAGAGAACAGUCUGAAAAACUUGCAGACUAUAAAGCCUAACUUGGAUACUGCUAACAAUCUGCUGCAUGAGAUUAUGAAGCUGUCUGAUAGUUUGAAGGAUCUAGAAUCAGGUGAUCUAGACGCAGACAGCAUGGAGGGCGAGCUAGAUGUCCUACGUACUGAGCUGGGUGAGCUGCAAGCUCAGCUGUGCGAGCUGCAGACUGUACGCGACGAGGAUGCGGUCAAGCGACAAAUGGCAGCUCAAAUUAGGCAGCAGGAACGGACUGUGGCGCAGAGCGCACUAAGAGAGGCAGAGGAGCAAGACAAGAAAAUGCGCGAGCGAUCCAAGAAGGCGCUACAACGUAUUGAAGAGAUCAAGGAACUCACUACACAGUAUGAAGCGCAGAAAGUCGCCGGCUUCGAACAACUUGCCAAUAUCAAGAAUAACUUCUGUCAUGAGUUGAAAACUAUGGAUGAAUUGCUGCUGAAGAAAGUAAUGGAAGCUGAGAAAAAACUUGAGGAGAAACUGCGAAAUCGACAUGUUUGAACUCCUGCGCCUACAGAAUCUUCUAGAAAUAAGGUUUUCUUCUUUAAUUUAGUUUACUACAUACCUAUAUAUUGUAUUUACCUACUUAGUUUCAUCUACUUUAUGCGAUAAGAAAUAAAACAUCAAAGUGUA